GUAUCUUGGAGUAGUUUCCAACUUUUUUGCAUGUCCCAUGUCUUGAAGGACAAAGCGGAAACUCGCCGAGAAUUUUUACUGAGACCAGUGCUUCAAGCCCUUCCUCCGCUUUCGUCUUCCUCAAAAGACGGUUUUGACGAAAUAAUUUAUUGUUUUUUUCAUUUAUUCAGGUGAUGCUGGUUGUUUCGGAUGUCAGCGUGGCUUUCAAGUCCCUCCUUCUAGCACUUUUUCUUUCCACUUUCCCCUUAAUCUCGUCUUGUGGCACAACCGGCAGAAGCGCAGGGCUCACACCACGCUUAGCGCAUUGCGUUGCAUCGCCAGUCUCCACCAUCGUCUGCUCUACAGCUCUCGAUCUGAGGGCUGACCGGCACCAAGGCAGGAGGUGCAAAGAAGGCAGGGAUGGCGGUCCGCGGUCCAUUGCUGAAGGAUGAGCUCGACAUUGUGAUCCCUACCAUCCGCGAUCUGGCGUUCCUGGAGCAGUGGAGGCCAUAUUUGAGCCCCUACCACUUGAUUAUCGUGCAGGAUGGCGACCCGACGAAGAAGAUUCACGUGCCCGAGGGGUACGACUACGAGCUGUACAACCGCAACGACAUCAACCGGAUCUUGGGGCCGAAGGCGUCGUGCAUCUCGUUCAAGGACAGCGCGUGCCGGUGCUUCGGGUUCAUGAUGUCGAAGAAGAAGUACAUCUUCACCAUCGACGACGAUUGCUGGGUUGCGAAGGACCCGUCGGGACACGAGAUCAACGCGUUGGAGCAGCACAUCACGAAUCUGCUGUCGCCCUCGACGCCGUUCUUCUUCAACACGUUGUACGACCCGUACAGGGCGGGCGCGGACUUCGUGCGCGGGUACCCGUUCAGCAUGCGCGAGGGCGUGGCGACGGCGAUCUCGCACGGGCUGUGGUUGAACGUGCCGGACUACGACGCUCCGACGCAGCUGGUGAAGCCGUCGGAGAAGAACACGCGGUUCGUGGAUGCGGUGAUGACGAUCCCGAAGGGGACGCUGUUUCCGAUGUGCGGGAUGAACCUGGCGUUCGACAGGGAGAUGAUCGGGGCGGCGAUGUACUUCGGGCUGAUGGGCGACGGGCAGCCGAUCGGGCGGUACGACGACAUGUGGGCGGGGUGGUGCUGCAAGGUGAUCUGCGACCAUUUGGGGUUCGGGGUGAAGACGGGGCUGCCAUACAUCCACCACAGCAAGGCGUCGAACCCGUUCGUGAACCUGAAGAAGGAGUACAAGGGGAUCUUCUGGCAGGAGGAGAUCAUCCCCUUCUUCCAGCAGGUGGUGCUGCCCAAGGAGGCCGUCACGGUGGAGCAGUGCUACAUCGAGCUCGCCAAGCAGGUGGGCGAGAAGUUGAACGGGCUGGACCCGUACUUCACCAAGCUAUCGGAAGCCAUGGUGACUUGGAUUGAGGCCUGGACCGAGCUCAGCGGCACGGCGAAGAAGAGCGACGCAACUUCAAACGGGAGUGUGAAUUAGUAAAUAGUGCAGAGGAGUAUUUGAAUGGUGUGUGUAGGUGGUGAUGUUUCUGUGAUAUCCCAAAGCUGUUGCAUUCAAGCUUAGGUUGGUCUGUCAGUGCACGACGUAUGAAUUGCCAACGCGUUUAGUUUGUCUUGGCAUAUCGGAGAUGACCCCAGUCUGAUAUGCUGGAUAUGUGCGCUUUGUGUCCAACAUUGAGCAGUGCUGCGUUUUCCUUCUUUUCACAUCCUGUGCUUCGCUGUCUUUAAAGAUACAUCUCAUACCAAUGUAGCCCCAGUGUGUUUGGUAUUCUGAUUCA